CGGCUGCUGAGCCCCACAGGAAUGCUGCUAGAAACGCUCUCUGUUUUAGUGCAGAGAGCAAACUGGCUGAGAACCAUUUGGCUGCACAGGACAUAAUUGUUAUUGCACAAUUGUGGCACACACAGAAUACAAAAGGAGUGCAAUAGUUCCAGCAAGGAAAGCCAAGUCUGACUGAGGGGAUAUACUCCAUUGCACAGUAGCUUGGAGAGGAAAACAAUGCAGGAGUAAAGCAGUUUCAUGCAAAUCCAGCACAAGGGGAGAAAACCUGGGACUUAAGCAUCUGGAUGAAAUUUGGGAGGGUUUUGCUGGUCCAAACCAAAAUCCUCAGGAAGGCGAUAUUCCCCUCGCACAAAGCACUUGUAGGAUCCUAAGGAGAGAGGAGAGAAAGGCACUGACUGAUUGUUGUGUGGACACUCAGGCUAUUCCCAAGGAGACGGAACUGUGAGUGUCCUCUGAUGGCUCCCCAAGGCAGCCACUCUGCACACUAAGCAAUGGCCUUGAGGUUAUGCCUGAGGAUACGCUUAAAGAGAAGGCCUGUAUUUGGAAUCUGCUUCUUGUUCGCCUUAACUCUACUGUUAAAUAAUAAUUUUUCCACAUUCCCAGCUCAAGGCAAUGUUAAACAGAAUAUUGAACACAGAAAAGUUGUGCGGCAAAAGCGGUUGUGGGCUGACACCAAGAUCAAUUUGCUCAGUCUGAUCCAAAACUCUGACCACAGAAGCUGGGAUUCUGAUGUUCAGAGCUACAGACAGGAAGUGCAGCCAUACAUUAAGCCCAGCCAUGAUUGCAAGGAGAAGAGCAGUUUAGGUCACACUGGUGAUCAACAACACUGGAAAAGUAAUCCCCUUGACACCAAAGAGAAGAGGGAAAUAACCAGGCAACUUUUACGCGGUUUGUAUACUCCUACAGAUAUUAAGCCAAAGAACAUUAUUUUAGUCACACAAAGGAACAACAUUGAACAACAAUUCUCUGACAAUAAUCUGACUGUAUUUGCUGUCCAGCUGUUUAAUGACAUUAAGCCAAAAAAUGCCUUUCCUCCCAAACUUUCUACAAUGAGAAAGAAUCCUCUACAAGAUGGUUUUGGAAAAGUACAAUCAGUUGUCACAGGCUACUCAGCAAAAACAAGUGAUAGUGUUCCAUCAGGAAAGACUUCAGUUGUGGCAAGGCCAAAUAAAACAGUUUCUAUUUUGAAAGUGAACAGUGACAGUAAGAGUUUGAGCUAUACCCAGAAUUUUUUCAUGAAUAAUAAAAAACAUUGCUUAAAAUUUAAACCAAAAAAAAACCAAGAAUACCAUGCCAAGACCAGUUUAGGAUUUAAUGAAGAAGCACCACCAUGGUUUACAUCAGAUGACCUGAAAAAAAUGAGGUUAUUGUCAGAAGGCGAGGUUGUUGCAAAAUCUCGAAUUCCUGCACAUGGACAAGUUUUGCAGGUGGGUUUAUGUCCUCUUGCUGAGAAUUGUCAGCAAGGGAAGAUUUGUUCAAAAGGACUUUGUGGAUUAAUAAAGCGUCCAACCGAUUUAUAUGAAGUCCUGGCUUUUCACCUUGACAGGAUUUUAGGGUUAAACAGGAGCCUGCCAGCAGUGGGCCGAAAAUUUACAAGCGAUUUACUGCCCUACAAGUAUACCGACGGUGCCCCAAGGCCAAUCAUAUGGUGGGCUCCAGACAUUAAGCACUUAAAUGACACAAACAAUGAUCAAAACUCUCAUGCACUGGACUGGAUACAAUACCAGCAGAUGUUGAAGCACAGGUGUGGCAUGGGGGACUCUUCAGUGAAUAUUAAUAGACCUCCUUGCCUGGGCAUCAAGCAUACGGAGUGGGCAAUGCUGGCUCUGUUUGAUUUUCUCCUGCAGGUCCAGGAUCGACUAGACCGCUAUUGCUGCGGCUUUAACCCCGACCCAUCAGAGCCCUGUGUGGAGGAACUGCUGCAUGACAAAUGCCGUAAUGCAAAAGGACUUGUUUUAGUGCACAUUUUGGUGCGUCAGAGUAACCCAUCACAUUUAGUUUACAUUGACAACGCGGGACGACCCCAUCACCCUGAAGACAACCUUAACUUUAGGCUUCUGCAAGGGAUAGAUGUGUUUCCAAGUUCAGCUGUGCAAGUGCUGGAAUCGGGCUGUUUAGAGAACUUGCUGCUAAAGUCACUUCAGUUUGACCAUGUGUUUUGGGAAAGCCAAGGAGGCUUUGAGGGCGUGAAGAAAUUAGCUGAAACCAUUAACCGAAGAGGAAAGCUCCUGCUGCAGUACAUGGAAGAGCACAAGUUAACACUUUUACCUGCUCUGUAACUGUCACUUUUCUGCAAGAUGAGGAGAUGGAAUUAGUAAAAUGAUAAACAAUGCAGAAAAACACAUUUUGCUGCUAAUAAUAUUACCAAUAGUUGUCAUGAUGUAAAAAUAUGGCACAAAGGGGACUCUAGAGACAAAGGCAAGUACAGAGCUGUUCCACCCAUUACAUUUGACUUUUAAGCCCUGCAAAUCCUAUGCUUUCUUUUGUUCAUCCUUUAAUUGCAGCACUGACCUUAUCUGUAAGUGCCCAUCUUCCCACUUGGACUUUCUCCCUACAUUUGUAAAUACAAAACUCAAGACAAUGGAAAUCUGCUUAUGCAUUGUGGUAAGAGAGAUGGGCUAAGCAAGAAUUUCCUUCUUUGACUUAUAACAGCAGACCUUCUGGGCCUUAAUGCUACUAAUGAGUUAUGGGGGAACAGUGCAAUAGUUACAGCUUUAUUUUGAACUUCCUGUGGAGCAGGUACUAAUUUGUGGCAUGACUGGUUGUUAUGUAAACUUUUGCUUUAAACUGCAAUUUCCACGAAGCAGGAGAAUGGGAGCCAUAGUUCAUAAAUGGGUAAAAAAGCCUGACAUAAAUGUUGAGCUCAAAUCUCAGCUAAAACCUGAACAAAGUCCCCUUUAUACUUUUGAACUAUUCUAAUACAGAAUACAGCAAUUUUUUUCUAGAAAAAUAUUAAACUACUGUCGGUGUGCAUGUCCAAAAACAUGAAAAAUAUUGCCAGUCUGGCUGCAUGUUUUUAAAACCCUGCCUGUUUUUUCUCUCUGAUACUGAGAAAUGCUAAAGUGAGUUGCCCCAUAGCAGCCACGGAAUGUCAGGCCACUAGGCAGAUAAUUAUGGGUCGCAUCUAAUUGGAGGAUCACUUCAGUUGCGUACAGCUUCUGUAUACUAGCUUUUUUUAAGGUAGUCUUUAGUGUUUCCUUGGCCAGGGGGAUUGCAAUAGCACAAACUUUUUUAACCUUUUUCAUUUCCUUGUAUUGCAAAUAAAAAGAAGAAAAACACAGGUAUAAUUACCAUCAAACCACUAACAUAAUAAUCUUUAUAACUGUAAAAUGUUUAUUUGUAAAAUAAAGACUACAAUGUGCAGCACA